AUGGCUAAAGUAGCUGCAAAAACAGUUAAGAACGUUCAAAUAAAAUGUAUGGUCCCAGCCGCUAAAGCAACACCUUCGCCUCCUAUAGGACCAGCUUUAGGUCAACGUGGUGUAAAAGCCAUAGACUUUUGCAAACAAUUUAAUGAGCGUACUAAAGAUUACGAGCCUGAUACACCAAUUCCAACAAUCAUAACAAUAAAACCUGAUCGUACCUUCUCGUUUGUUACAAAGUUACCACCUACAACAUGGUUUUUAAAACGAGCAGCCAGAGUUGAGAAAGGAGCAAGUAAACCUGGUACAGAAAUAGUCGGAAAAAUUAGUUUGAAACAUGUUUAUGAAAUUGCACUAAUUAAACAGCAACAAGAAAAUAUGAGAGAUCUUGAGCUGAAGGGCAUUUGUAAAAGUAUUAUUGCUACAUCUAAAUCUGUUGGAAUUCAG